AUAUGAUCAAUUUCUCUUUCCCUUUCUCUCUCUUCACCUUUUUCAAAUGUAAACUAAACCUUUGAAGAGUUGUUGCAAUGUCAUUGGGGAAUGCUCUUGCCAGGCCUGUGCACGAGGCCCUGAGUUUGAAUCCCUAGCACCCAUGCAAAAGCUGAAUGUAUAAUUGUGAUACUCUUAGGGUGGGAUGGAACGAGGCAGAGACUGGAGAAUUUCAGGAAACUCGUGGGCCAGCUGACCUGGCAGGUGGCACUGUGAGCAACUGACAUUGUCUAGGCUGACACCUGAAGAUGUCUCCUUGUUUGCAUAGGCGAACUCUGGCAUCAGUGUGUCUGCAUGCACAUACAUGGGCACACAUACACCCACGUUUAGUACACACAUACAUAUUCUGCACACAUAUGUCACACCCACAAAUUUGAGAGAAGAAAAGGAAAGCUACUGUCUAGUAAAUUAUGUACCGUAGUUAGGAGAUUGUCUGCUUUUCCCAUUUCCAUUUUAAACUCUGAAAAUUGUGUCUGCUCCCCAUUACUAUUUUAAAAAUGAUUUUCCGUAAAUAUUCAUAUUAUAGGAUAUUGGUUAAAAGAUUUUUGUUUAUUCUUCUCCGUGAUGAAAAUUCCAUUUUUAUCUUCUUCUUCCCUACUGAAGCAAGAACAGAAACGACAUUGUCUAGUUUUACUCAUUUGUAUUUUUGCGUUUUUGAAGGGAUUGAAAACGAGGGCAGUGGUGACAGUGUAUAGUGUGUAAAGCAUUUGUGUCACCAGCGUGAGAACCUGAGUUUGAGUUUCUUAGGACCCAUGGAAAAGGGGACACACGCACACACUUGUAAUCUUAGCACUUGGGAGGUAGCGAGAAGUAGAGGAUUCUGUGGACACACACACACACACACACACACACACACACACACAGAGAGAGAGAGAGAGAGAGAGAGAGAGAGAGACUGAGAGCGAGCUCAUUCCAGCCUAGCCAGUGGCAAGGAGAUAGGUAUAUUUUUUUAGACUCAUUUUUCUCAAUCGCUGAUGAGUCUUUUUCUGAGGUGUCUGCUACAUACCAGGCUUCUGCCAGAUCCUCCUACAGCAACGACUGGAGUAGGAACCGUAUUUCAACAGCAGUGGACUGUCAAACUCUUAACUCUUUUAAAAUCACUCGGCCAGCUUGGGCAUUGCCUUCUUGCUUAUUCUGAGAGGCUAGGGAGAGGGUACUGGUCUUCCAGCGUGGGCUCUCACUGUCCACACUUGGUGAGGCUUUGCUGGCCUUUACUUUUGCCAGCAACUGGUGAAGAGUUCACACUGUUGACAGGGUUAACUCUGGGCCUUUCUGCUCCGUUUUGGGUUUGCUGAACUGGUUAAAUUAGGUCCUUGUUCAUCGGCUGUUUUCAUUUUCCCCACACCUCGGUGGCUGCGGAGCGGGCUCAUCUCUUACAACCAAAACAAGCAAAACUCCUCUGCACUGUAGUUAGACUUACUCUUUAGGACAUAAACUUGAGGUGGGUUUUGGCAGACACCUUAGUUGACGGUUGUUGCUUUCAGAACUCUUUGUUGUUGAGGGUUUUAUGCCAAACACUGCCGCCUCGUGUCUCUAAGGCCUGUCAAGUCUAGUACGGCGCUUGCCCUUGAAGUCUCCUGCAAUGAUGAGCCUCCUUGGAUUCCCAGGGUACCACGAAGCAGGUCUUUUAUGUUCUUCUAAUUCCCUUUGUACCAGUGUUAUUCUUUCUGUCAAAUUAGUACUCAUCUUCCAAUUGCAAAUAUAAAUCUUCUAAAGAAUUCUGUAUCUGGCCUGCGUCCGAAGCCUUAACGAAGUUCCAUGACCAGUUUCUGUGUCAUCCCCUGUGCCACAAUGAUAUGUAGUCAUUGCUGUGGUUCUGUGCCUAACGUGAAACUCCAGGAAGAAAGGGGCUAUAUGUUUUGUGCAUGGUUGGAAACAGAAUUCCUACCACUUAAUAACUAUUUGUCAAAUAAAUUAACAGAUUCCUGAAUGGACCACAUACAUUUAACUCACUGGAUUUAAAAAUUCUGAGUUAAUAUAUUUAUAGAUUAAUUGAACAUAUAACUAUACUUAGAAUUGUGAACAUUAAGACUUGAAAGGCAGAAACAUUAAUAAUCUUGAUCUGUUUUUAAUUAAAAAGGAACUGAUUCAUUAAACAUUUAUUGAACAGCUACUCGCUGCAAAAGACCAUUAUGUCUUGUUGCCCUGAUUCCAGGAUUUAAUUUAAGUUCGUCUAUAUUUUCUAAAAUAUAAUCAUCUUCUUUUCUUACCUUCAAUUCAUCCUAUGAGAAUUCAGACUAUUUUUUGAUACUUUACCAUCUCAGAAUUACCAUCUUAGUCAACAUUUUGCUGUAACUUAGCGUCACUGUAAGAGCUGGUAGUUAAUACUACGUUGGGGUUAGCACAAGGCAGGAGUAUGGAUGGGGGUGGUAGGCACUUCACAAUAAAAACUGGUUGCAAUGAGUAUUUGUAUUCGUAACAUUCGUGAGAUAUUUUCAUAAAUUUGAUUACACUUCACAGAAGAGAAAAGGACAAGCUAAUCUUAUUUGGAUGAAGUCUAUAUUUAAUUUGUAAUUUGUAAGUCUUGGGAAGUUUGUUUCCUGAGGCUACUGUAACAAAUUGCCAUGGACUCAGUGAGUUCUAGACAGCAUAAGUCUUGACAACAUAGCCUCUUACACUUCUGUAGGUUUAAAUUAAUUAAAAUCAAGUUUAAUUAGGUAACAUAAUUUAAAUUAGGUUGUUCGUGGGUUCGGAAUCCACCUGAAGAGAAAUGUGCCGAGCAAUCUGUCCAUCUCUUGGAGCCACCUGUUAAGCCUGAAGUCCCUCGGUUUGUAGUGAUGAUAGUCUGCUUUUGCCUCUACAUUCCCGUGUUCACAUGACCUUAAUUGUCUCUUUGUGUCUGUCUGUCCACAUUUCCCUGUGCUGAUACUGACACUGGCCAUUUGAUUAGCACUAAUGCUAACUCCGAAUGAGUGCAGCUUAAUUACACCUGUGAAGAUUCUGUUUGCACCUGAGUGUCCUCUUCCUGGGUUCCAGUAGAUGGGAACCUGCUGGGAGGACCGCUUCUACCCAAUCCCACCUCUUGUCACACACAGUGAUUGUAUAAAAAUAAGCUCUCCUGUGUCCCUCUACUGAACACACACAGAGGUGAGUAUGAUCAGAGGAAUUGCAGGGACAUGUGUGAUGAGGGUCAGAGUGUCUUUCCUCUUCCUUCAUAUUUCUCUCUCUCUCAAAUAUAUUUUUAAGAGUCCCUCAGUAUUCAUUUGCACAUCUCUGUAAGACUGACAGCCCGGCUCCCGUACUUCCUUCUUUUUUUUUUUUUUUUUUUUGUAGUGUGUGUGGUAUAUGUAUGUAUACAUGUGCACAUGGGUACAUGUGUGCAUAUGUGUUCUAGUAUGUUUUGAGGACAAAAGUCAACACUGGCUACCUUCCUCGGCUUCUUGACCCCUUAUUUUUUGAGGCAGUAUUUAUCACUAAACCUCAAACUCACUAAUUUGGCCAGAUUGGUUGACCAACAAGCUGGGGAAGCACCUCUGCUCCAUAGAAACAGAAACCACAUUCUAGGAAAUCUUACCCAUCAUGCUCUUGAAAUCUUACCCAUCAUGCUUUAGAAAUGCCAAGGGCUUAAUUCCCGAGGAGAGAGCUCAGGCUUGCCUUCAGUGACUCACGUCUAGUCUAGUGUGUCAUUUUUUUUUUAAGUUCUAAAACCUCUCCUGGAUUCCCUCUGCAUACUAAUUUGCACGCGCCCACACAACAAUAACAAACCUAAUUAAUAGUAAGCCCUAAAUAAGCAGCUUCGUGUGCAAGUGUGUGUGUGCUUGUUCGUGUGUGUGUGUGUGUGUGUGUGUGUGUGUGUAGGUCAGAGGUCAGUGCUUUGUUUCUUAGUUGCUCUUCCCAUUCGUUUUAGAGGCAUGGUCUUGCAUUGAACCUGGACCUCACCAAUUCAGCUAGCUGAGGUGGCUAGCGAGCCCCUGGCCUCCAUAUGUCCCUGCCUUGCCAGGGCAAGGAUUUCAAUGACAUUGAGGCUUUGUCAAGUUUUUGUUUUGUUUUGUUUUGUUUUGUUUUGUUUUGUUUUGUUUUGUUUUUGGUAGCCUUUGAGGGUUAGAACUCAGGUCCUCGUGUUUCCCACACCAGCGCUUUCCCCAUUCAGCCACCCCCUCAUCCUCCUGCCUCUGAUCUGUUUGGGAAGUUUAACCUUCAUUGCCUUCGUUCUUGAAUCUGGCCAAUUCCUCAUCAGAAUCUGUGGCUCUCACAGAGGUUAGGAUAAUGGGUUUUGAAUUUAUCAGGGCUCCUAGUACAUCAAAAGUACAGCUGGGAGUUUGGGACACGGCUCAAUUGGUAGAAUGCUUGCCUAACAUGCACAAAGCCCCGAGUUCGAUUCCCAUCACCACAUAGACUGUGUGAUGUGACGUGCCCAUAAUCUCAGCUAAUUUGAGUGGAGCACGGAGGCUCUAGACCAGACUUGGUCAGCACAGCAGGCUCAAAGCCAGCCUAGGACAUGUGGAAACCCUGUCUGAAAACUGUAUGAUGGGUCUGAGCGCAUCGAUUUAACAAUGGAGCUGUCUUCUGAGAAAGGCAUUCUCCAGUGGUCUUGACAUUGUGAGAACAGCCCAGAAUGCUCUUCUACUAAAGCAGAUGGUGGAGGUCGCGUGACACAGCCUUUUUGUGCAGGCAGGCAGAAUGUGUGGUAAACAGGGGGUGCAUGGGUUGCUUCUCAUGUAACACAAGUUUUACAGUACCCCGUUUUUAAUAAAUAGAAGGCUGUGCUCUAAAAUAGCAAUGAAAUAUGGGACAGCAAGCAUAUAAGCCCACAACCCAGUCUUUUAUUCCAUUGGCAGGUAUUCUAUGCUCUGUAUUAUGAUAUGCCCCAUAUUUCUUUAUGACCAGAACCACAAUCCAGUUGUUUACAUGGGGUUCUUCACCCUAUGACAUCACACUGCCUACAGUGUUUGCUGGCAGUAGAACCGUUUCAGGACCAUGGUUAGGAUCAUUGAGGGGCAUUGUCCUGCUGGUGGGACAAUCACGAGACAGCGUGAUGUAAGAUUUCUAGCCUGUUGGUGUCCUUGCAUGGCUCACUUCCUUCCGUCUUUGACACAUAUCGCUGUUCAGCAGAUUCAACAGUAUACCUCGGACCAUGCAGACUUGCAAAGCCAUUUCUUUACAGUUGGGAUGCGGCUGGAGACAUUGCAUAUAAGCGAUCCUUUUCAUAUCUACCCUGCAUCAGUGACCAAGGUUUUUAAUAGUAAAUUUUUCCAAGUGGCCAUUGAUGACCUAAGACCUGAAGCUGAUAAACCCACGAUGCUGUGCCAUGCAGAUUCUUUGGGGAUUUUGCCAGUACAGUGGUGCCUUAAAAACGGAGUCAACCUCGCUCCUCCCAAAGGUUACUCAGGCCAGGAUUUUAACUGGGUGGAUUACCACAAGCAGCGUCAGGCAGAAGAAGCACCUCAUUUCUGCUUCAAAAAUGCAUUUUCUCGGGGCUUCUCAAAGAACAUGAAGCUUGAAGCUGUGAACCCUGUGAAUCCAGGAGAGGUGUGCGUGGCCACUGUGGUCAGUGUGAAAGGGCGGUUGUUAUGGCUCCAUUUAGAAGGUCUGGAGACCCCAAUGCCAGAUAUCAUCGUGGACAUGGACUCCAUGGAUAUCUUCCCUGUGGGCUGGUGUGAGGCCAAUUCUUACCCUCUGACCACACCAUAUAAAGCAUCCUCCAAAAGCAAGAGAAAGACUGUCCAUUUCAAGAUGGAAAAACAAUUAUUAUCCCCAGUGCCUAUUGAGAAAAUACCUCAUGAGCUUUGCUUGCUGCCGCCGCAGAUGGACAGUCCAGUCGGAGCCAUCAAUGCCAAGUACUGCUGCCCACAGCUGUUCGUCAACCACCGGUGUUUCUCAGGCCCAUUCCUGAACAAAGGAAGGAUUUCAGAGCUACCUCAGUCAGUGGGGCCUGGCAUGUGUGUGCUGGUGCUCAAAGAGAUUCUUACCCUCAUUACCAAUGCAGCCUACAAGCCCGGGAGGGUCCUGAGAGAAUUACAGCUGGUGGAAGACCCAGAGUGGAACUCCCAGGAGGAGAUUCUCAAGGCAAAAUACGGGGGCAAAACAUACAGGGCCGUGGUCAAGAUCGUGCGAACAGCAGACCAAGUGAUGAAUUUCUGCCGGCAAGUUUGUGCCAAGCUGGAGUGCUGUCCAAAUUUACUGAGCCCUGUGUUGAUCUCUGAAACCUGCCCAGAGAACUGUUCCGUCCACACCAAAACCAGAUACAACAAAAGGGAGAAGGGGUCAUCAUUGUCACCUGCAAGUGAACUAAAAGAUGAUUCUGCAUCCCAUGCCACCAAAUUGCAAAAGGCUAAGAUUCCUCAGACCUAUUAUUAUGGAAAAAGAAGAAGGGUCAUUCAGUCGUCACUUAGAGUCAGCAACAUCGAAACUCCACCAAAAUCAACCAGGAGAAGGAAACGACGGAAAUCAGUCUAUGUACAGAAGAGACGGAAAUCUGCUAUAGUCGUCCCAGCAGGUGUUCCAGCAGGCGUCCCAGCAGGUGUCCCAGAGGACAUCCCAGCGGGCAUCCCAGAGGGCAUCCCAGCAAGCAUCCCAGAGAGCAUCCCAGAGGGCAUCCCAGAGAGCCUCCCAGAGAGCCUCCCAGAGGCCAUCCCAGAGAGCAUCCCAAAGGGCUCAGCACAGAAAACUGAACAGGAGAAGCGAGAAACUCUGGACACUGCAAGGAAGAAAACUGGGUACCAUGGUCCGGCUUACCAGACAGACACCUCAGCAGCACAGGUGCCCUUUGCCCGGCCACGAAGGGCUGUAACCCUGAGGAGAAAUUCCGAGGCUUUGAAGCGACCUCCAGUGGAAAGGGCACGGAGGGUCCGCACAGUGCCAACUACUGCUUCUUCUAAUAACAGAGUCAAGGGUCCACUUGUUAGAAUUGUGAAACCAGAGGAUUCGAGCCAAUCGGAUGAGGAGAAACUGAUACUUGAGAGCAAUCCCCUGGAGUGGUCGGUGACGGAUGUGGUACGAUUCAUUAAGCUGACUGACUGUGCACCUUUGGCCAGGAUCUUCCAGGAGCAGGACAUCGACGGCCAGGCACUCCUCCUGCUGACUCUCCCGACAGUGCAGGAGUGCAUGGAGCUGAAACUGGGACCCGCUAUCAAGUUAUGCCAUCAGAUCGAGAGAGUGAAGGUGGCUUUCUAUGCCCAGUACGCCAGCUAACUCGCCCUUCUUGGCAGGUGUCGCCUGAUUCUGAUAAUGCUGUGUUUGUUGUAAAGGUUUCCAGGACUGAGACCUUAUUCCCUGGGCUUCGUGAAAUGGCACAGUCAUUGGUAAUCUUCAAAAAGCCAGAAGCCCAGGACCUCCUUUUUGCACCAGCCUAUUUGAUAGUCCUAUAUUUUUAAAGCACACGGAAGGAGCACCAGCAGCUCUGAUAGUAUUGUGAAAGUUCUGAGACCUUCCCUGGCUCAGGACCUCUGAGUUUCCUUCCCCCUCCCCCCAAUUCAAACCAGGCAGUUUUUUUGGAAGCCAGGUUUCCUUACACUAAGGUAGGUCUAGGUUCUUCGGAAACUAAGAUAAACUUAGUGUAUCUGAGAAGAAUACCUGUCCAUCUUGCUACCCGCUUUUGCCUGACUCAGACUCCAGCUCUCAUACAGCUCUGUCUGCCACACACGUGCAAGCAAUUGUGAUUUAGAGUCACCUCCUAUCCCAUUUGAUCUCACGUAAGCUCCAUUCUCCCACACAACUCUGGGCUCUGUUCAGCACUGUCUUCUGUCAGAGGUGCCUUUUCACAAGUAUGGCGGCUUACCACGAGAUAGCUACUGGGUAAGCAAAGCCUGGGACAUUUGCAAUAGCAAGCACCCUCUGUAGUCUCCUGCAGAGCCAUAGCUUCAAUGUUCUAAGAUCACUGUGACUGGUCAGGAGGACAGGACGCUGCUUUAGGGAAGUAUCAAAUUCCGUAUUGAAGAAAAGCUUUCAGAGGGCAUGUAUAGGAAGUGAUUUUGGGGAAGUCGUUUUUUGUUUGUUUUUUGUUUUGUUUUGUUUUGUUUUGUUUUUUUGUUUGUGAACUAGCUGUAUCCGCUUAGAAUGGUAACACAGAUGGUCGCUGCAAGCAGAUCCCUCUGAGCCUCUCUUCUGCUAGUGCCUGGCUUGCCACAUGGAAAGCAAGCACAAGGGAGCAGUAUUCCGUAGCAUAUGAUAGCAGAGCAAAUACCGGAUCUGGAUCUAGCUGAUUUCCAUCCAUUGGCUAAUGGCCAACUUCAUGUCCUUGGGUAACUUGCCACCACCCUGGAUCCAAGUUCCCAUGGAGGGGAAAAUUAGGACAUUUAGUAGUGAGGCACUGGUACCUUCUCCCUGCUCCUGUUAUAGAGGAGGCUACGUAGACCAAAAUGAGAAAAGGAAUGUGGCCACAGAAUGUAACCGUCCAGUUUCUGCCUUUCACUUUCUUGGGGGUUGCUUGUGAAAUUAGGCUAAGUCAUUUGUAGACUAAUCAGUGAUUGUAAGUUUGCCUGAUACUCAGCACACAUCUAUGUUUUCCUAUGAGCAGUUCAACCUGUGCCUGCAAAGCCAAAGGGGCUGAGGUACAUUAGAGCAUGGAGGACACCUCCACAUCUUUUGAAAUCCAGGCAAGGAGACCAAAACUUUCGCUCUGUUCACUUGUGCCUCACUUUGGAAGCUUAACUUCCCACCUAUCUGGGCCUUACUGGUUUACUUGUGGUUUUCCAUAGUUUUCCAUAAUUACAUUCAUCUUCUUUCUUUGACUAGAAUCACAACCAUCCCAGAGCAUGUAUGACAAGCUUGUGUUUUGGCAGCAUUUUAAGGCAUGGUGGUCCCUCAGGCUUUGAAAACGCCUCUUGCCUAUGUUAGUUACCCAUUCUCAACACUGGGCCAUGGCUGCAGAUGGAAUUGGAAAGUAAAAUAUUUGUGGCUGAGCCUCUUUAGUCUUCCCUGAAGCUGGCUUUCUAUGGUCAAGCUAUAAUUCUUUGGUGAAUAGGUAUGCCUAGGAACAACUGGUGGUUAGUCUGUGUCCUGUGUGGAACUGUAAGGAUGGAGCUGCCCCUGAUAGGCUCUGUGGAGUUGGCUUGCAUUUGGAUUUCUCUCUUCUAAGGUACAUGUUAAACCUUCCUCUGCCUUCUCAGCCACAUGCUUUUGGCCAUAAAUACUCAAUCUACCAGUUGGAAAGGGUAUCUAUUUCAAGAUGGGGUGGCGUUUUUCCCAUACUCACUCCUUCUUGAUUCUUCACUGUGGUCUUUUCCAGAUAAGUUACUUCUUUUGCAUCUGAAAUGGGAUGUGGCCAUGGCAUUGCUAGAAUAUGGUGUGCUUUUAGAACAAAUGUGGCCUUCUCAUGCCAUUUCCAGUAAUGACGCAGAGGAGGACGUGUUGCCUCAGAACAUGGGGACUUCCUAGAGGUCUGCUGAGCCCACAGAAAGAGCCAGGAAAGCAUUAACAGAAAAGCCUGUCAGGACAUGUCCACCACUGGUCAGAAACUCUUCUUCCCGUGGAACCAAAUGUCCCAGACUCUCUUCAUGCCUCAGCCUUGCAGUGUAGCAUAGGUCUCUCUCUGCACAGUGUUGGUUCCUCCAGCCUAACCUUUGGCUUUGGGAAGGAAGAGAUGACCGUAAUCUUGCAACAAGAGUGCCCAACCAGGGACCACUGUCAUCAUAGUGGCUCUCAAUGUGCAUGUCACACCCCCCCUCAGUAGACUUGAGUAUUUUGAUGACCAAAGAGGAUGAUUUUCCUCAGAGAGAAGUGCCAGCGCCCUCCAGAGCUGUGAUCCAGGAUGGCAUGCUCACGUGCGGAAUGCAAUUUUGCCACCGGUUUGUAAUGUGGGUUUUGUUUCUCUCUAGACUUGCCUCUCACUGCUUUUUGUCUGAAACACAGAGUUGAUUUCCGAGAAUGAUUGGGAAGAAAAGAAAUGGAUUUUUAUACACAUACACCAAAAAUAUUUUAAUGAUUCACUUGCCAAAUUACUUCCUGGGUGGUAUCAUUUCCUUAUCUCUCUGAUUAUCUUCUGGGACCCACGUCCUUUCCUCCACAUACCUACACCUUGGGUGCAUCACUCCAUUCAUGGCCUCCUGUUACCAACUGCGCAGACAUCACACAAUCCGUGCCAUGUGAUUGAGAAAUGGAAAUGCCACCUCAACUUAAAUAAUCACAGUUGGUCAUUUAUGCCCACUUUAAAAUGUAGGGAGUCUGUUUCGGCCCCUUUUCUGGAGUAUAUUUGUACCAUAUUGUAACAAAAUGAUCCUGGCCACAAAAUAAAACACACACUGAUCAAAGCCGGCUAUACUGGCAUUGCAUAUCUUUGCUAUUCAACAAUGGUGUCCUUCACCACAGUUUCUAAUCUAGAGCACGGAGAACUGGUCUGUCACUUUUAAAAUUAGAUGCCUUUGAUCAGAGUUUGACUCACAGACAGCAUUUGAGCUCUACAGCUAUUUGAGUCCCUAGACCUUAUUUGAUCAUAUUCAAAAGAUCAUUUCCCAUGCUUGCUUUGAUUUGGUCCUCAAUAAAUUAAAAUGAUCCACACUUUCACACUGCCACUUCUGACCUUCACUGCCAUCUUCAGACGGUUCCUUUUGAUCAGCCCCUGGAAGAUGGGUCCCUCCUAAUCUAUGUCAUAGAAUUUUGCAUGCUGUAUGAUUGGCUUUGUCUUCUAUCUCCCACCAAAUACCACUUCCUGAGAUUCAUCUCUGAGUUUUGCAAGCGCUCAGGGUUUUCAUACUUAUUUCAUAUAACACCCAUUUCUAUUCAUUUCUGUAUAAAGAACAGUACAGAACAGUAUCGGGAUCUUUGUUGGUUUGACAUUGCUGUUUUGGGUUAAGAUAUUGAGUCUAGGCUCCAAUUACUCUCUAUCCUGUCUUUAGAGAGCUGUGAUUGAGUGUGCUAUUAUUUGGAAGGAGAAAAUGUAAAUUGAGAUAGCUGUAGUGUUUAUGCCAGAAGUCUCUGGGGACAUCUACUGCUUGUGUCUCUUUGGUGCAAUAAUUAAAAUGGAAGGAGGAGCUGAACUGGGAACCCUACAGCCUAGUGAUUCUUCUACUUGCUCGCUAUAGCUUUCUGUUGGCAAAUUUUCUCAAAAGCACUCUCUUUAAUCAGAUUAACUUCUUAAACUGCUUAAUUCUCAUCGCUUCUUAAAACUAGGGUGGUUUGCAGGUAUCCAAAAAUAUGCUAUGACAGAACAAAAUUGUGGUAUUCAUGACCCAUUUAAUUUACUGAAAAAUCAUAACUGCUGUCCUGCCUGCUCUCCUUGGGUUUCGGUUUUAAAAGCCUUUGUGGUUGAAAUGAAUAACGAUUCGGUUUUCUGAACUGUACACAUCCUUGUUCAGUUUUCUUUUGAUGACUAAGGCUCAGUACCAGCGAGCUGUAGGCCAUGUCACAGAACCGAGGCAGAGCAGUGCUUUGAGUAGGACAACAAGGAA